UCACAACCUUCUUCUUGUCACUCUUUUGCGACUGGUGUUUGUCCGAUUUCCUCGCGUUUCCAAAACUGAAUAACAUGUGAAGAAAACUUCAUGCUUCCGAUUUGUUUCGUUUUUACUUCGUAUUAUUCUCCAAAAUAUUUCAUUUAUUUUCAACUUCAACUGAAAAUGCCUCAUCUUCAGUAAUGACGGUAUGAAAACAGCUACACUCUUCCUGUCAUUUUUGUUAACAGCAUUGGCCUCCAACAACACUUCAUUGUUAAGAAAGGAUCAUGAAACUUGUAUUGCGAAAAUUUUGUCUAAACCCUUUCCUGCUCACAACCUCCCUAUAAAUAUUACAAAAGAAGCUGAAAAUGUUUUGGAAGAAAUCAAACGAGGAUACAAUUUCUCGUAUAUUUCAUCUAGACUUCUCACUACUAUGGAUAUAUUUGUAGGAGUCAUUCUUACAUCAACGAACCGACGUCCAAUCUAUGCGCUGCUCAAAAAUGGAAGAGUUAAACAGGUUAUGAAUCGAGCUAGGGAAGUGGAAGCUUUUUGGAUGGUUUAUAACUCGAUUAGCAGCGGCUGGUCACCUCCAUUUAGAGAUUGUGAAUUUUUUGGACGGCGCUGGUUUCACGCAUACGUUUCCAAAACUUCCGACAGCGGGACCGCCUUUUUUAUUCCUUUACGUAUCAAUCAUUGUGAUAAACGUUUCUCUGAACUUCUUGGUACUACACACAAAUGCGAUAGUACAACUAAGUGCAUUCCCAUAUACGAGACGGAAGAUAGAAUAGGUGGAUACAGAUGCGUUUGUAGAAGCGGAUACUUUUAUCAGGCAGCGAAUCACACCUGGCCAGGAUUCCUCAAAGAGGAACUCGAAGAUGAUAUACUGGGUCCAUUCAGAUGCUUACCUUGCCCGUCUCAUUGUGGCCUUUGUGAAACACCUGGAAUAUGUAUGACGAAAAGAGACCCAAAUUUACGAACGGCCCUUUUGGGUUUGCAAGCAGCAUGUAUGGGCAUAACAAUCAUCCUUGGUUUUAUUGUCUUUCGACAGAGAAAAUCAAAGGCAAUUGCUUCCGGCAUGUGGACGGUAUUGGAAACAAUAUUACUGGGAAUCUUUCUGCUUUAUUCAACGGUUGUCAUCGAUUACUUCAAUCCUUCCAUUCUCCAAUGCAUUCUAUUAUCCUGGGCUCGAGAAUUGGGUUUUAUUAUUUGUUAUGGUGCCAUAGUUCUAAAACUUUACCGUCACUUAAUCGAAUUUCGAACGAGAAAGGCACACCGAUGGGUGGUAAAAGAUACAGAUCUGCUCAAGUACCUUCUCAUUAUGGUUUUGGCCGUUUUUGUCUACAUGGCUGCCUACGUAGCCAUUUCGCUGAACUUUCAUUACGAAAACUUCGACCUCCUUUACAAAGGAGUCAUUUCAGAUAAUAUGAAUUACGUAGCAUGUAAGCCGUUAUGGUGGGACUACGUUACGGAGAUUGGGGAAUUGUCGAUCCUAGUCUUCGGAAUACAUCUAAGUCACGCCUGCAGAAACGCUAAAACGCAGUUCAAUGAAAGAAAGUAUCUGACAGCAGCUGUUAGCAUCGAAUUCACAUUCAGCAGCAUUUACUACAUAUUAAGAAUCCUUAUCCUUUCGGAACUUCAUCCAGAUAUGGUACUUAUAAUUAAUUUUUUGAGGAGCCAAUUUACAGCUACUCCAACAAUGCUUCUUGUAUUCAUUCCUAAAUUCUGGUAUCAGCAAAAGCAGAUACGUUCUCUUGGGCAGGAGUACUCUUGCAGAAUUCCUGUUGAUGCAUUUAAGGAUAUCAAUGCUCACGGCUCACUGACGGGCAAUAGCAGCGAUGUUGAAAUAGGCGAAAUUAGUAUAUCCGACAUGAAUCCAGAUGAUAUUCGUGCCGAACUUAAAAGGCUCUACACUCAGUUAGAGAUCUACAAAAACAAAACAAUCCGAAUGGAUAAUCCACACAUAUCAAAAAGAAGAGGUGGCCGUAAAGCUCCUCAUAGGAAAUUUAGUUUACAGAAAAAAGGGAGCAGGGAAAAGGUGAGUAUUUCUAAUGAUGUACCUAUAUUUCCCUAA